AUGGCUGCUCUUCUUUUUUUUAUGAUUCCCUUCUUGUUCCUUAGAACCAGCGACGCAAAUUCAAAUCCUUAUUGUUCACCUUCUUCUUGUGAUAACAUCAUCAACAUAACCAGUCCGUUCCGUCUUAACACCGAUCCAAAACACUGUGGCUACCCUAAUUUUGAGCUUACUUGCGACAACAAUCUCACGGUAUUACACUUAAAUUCUGUCAAAUACUUUGUGAGGUCAAUCACUUAUGCCAAUUUCACAAUUCGAAUUGCGGACUCCAAUCUUGACAGAACCAAUUGCUCCUCCCUUCCAUCUCCACCAAAAAAUAUAUUCAAUGUUUCCAAUCCUUACAACUACUUGUUGAACGAAAGAUUAAAGUUUGUCGUAAUCUUGAAAUGUGAGAAUCGAUUUGGCGAGCUCGUGCCGCUCGGAGCUAAGAACCUUCGUAUCGAUGAAGACAGUGGUGAAUGGAAGGAAUACUCUUAUGUGGACAUUCACAACGAGUUUGCAGAUGGCUUUGAGCUUUCAUGGUUGAAAACAAAAUUCCAUAACGGAAAACUAGUUUGGACAACGGCCUACAUAAUUGGAGUGUUUUUCCAAGCAUCAGUAAUCUAUGGGAUUGUAAUACACGCAGGACUCAAAAUUAUGUUUGGGACUCCACUUGUAGUUGGCUUAUUAAUCUAUAAAUGGCGAAGACGUCAUUUAUCAAUGUAUAAUUCUAUCGAGGAGUUUCUUCAUAACGAGAAUAAUCUUAUUCCUAUAAGAUACUCAUUCAAAGAGAUAAAAAAGAUGACUCAAAACUUCAAGAUAAAAUUAGGCAAAGGAGGUUAUGGUACUGUAUUUAGAGGAAAGCUUCGCACUGGUCGUAUUGUAGCAGUUAAGAUAUUGAGUAAAUCCAAAGGAAAUGGGCAAGACUUCAUCAAUGAAAUUGCCACAAUUGGAAGAAUUCACCAUGUUAAUGUAGUUCACUUGAUUGGCUUUUGUGUCCACUCCUCAAAGCAUGCUCUUGUAUAUGAUUUCAUGACUAAUGGAUCUUUGGAGAAAUAUAUUUUCUCUCAAGAGGGAAUUACCUUCUUAAGUUGUGAGCAAAUUUUUCAAAUUGCACUUGGUGUGGCGCGUGUAAUUGAAUAUAUGCACCAAGGAUGUUACAUGCAAAUUUUGCACUUUGACAUUAAACCUCAUAAUAUUCUUUUGGAUGAAAACUUUAUUCCAAAAGUUUCUGAUUUUGGUUUAGCAAGGUUAUGCCCAUUGGAUAGUAAUAAUUUGUCCUUAACUGCAGCUAGAGGAACUUUAGGAUACAUAGCUCCAGAGCUAUUUUACAAAAAUAUUGGAGGAAUUUCUAAUAAAGCUGAUGUGUAUAGCUUUGGAAUGUUAUUAAUGGAAAUGGCAAGUAGAAGAAAAAAUUGUACAUCGGGUACAGGAAAUAGUAGCCAACGUUUCUUUCCUUCUUGGAUACAUGAUCAAUUAAGUGACCAAGAGAAAAAUGUAGAAGGUGAAAUAACAGAAAUAGAUGAGACAUAUUCAACAAUUACAAAAAAGAUGAUUGUGGUAGCAUUAUGGUGUAUACAAUUGAAGCCAAGUGAUCGACGUACAAUGAAUAAAGUCUUAGAAAUGCUUGAAGGAGAGGCUGAAUGUCUAGAAAUGCCUCAAAAGCCUUCUUUGUAUCCACUAGAGAAGCACGUUCAGCAUGCUCAAGAGACAUUAAUUUCUUCAGUGCCUUCAACAAUACCAUCAAUCACACUACAAAGAUAAGUAUGCUCCUACAUCUAAAACAUUGGUAUUUGAAGUUUUCAUACUUUUUUAAAUACUUAUACAAUUAUUUUUAUCUUUGUUAUAUAUUUCAAUCUCAUUGUAAGGUUAAAUAAUGUCAAACCAAUUUCGAUUGCCAAACUGUGACAAUGAAUAAUGAAUUUGAGUAUUAAACCCCUCGCUGAUAUUCAAAAUACAGAUUAUUAGACAAA